AUGGACUCCGCGGAGAGGUCCAGGAAGAGGGCGCAGAGAUGGAGCAAGCGCAAAGCCGUCGUCAUCCACCUCGCCGUCUGCUUCGUCGUCGGCGCCUUGGCGCCACUGGCCGCCACCGGCGGCCCGUUCAUCGACGGCAUCCGCGCCUCGGUCCUUCCGUUUGGCGGUGUUCAGCGAGUGGCUCCGCCGUCGCCCCCUGCUGCCCCUGACAUCGGCCUCCUGCUGAUCGUCACCGUCACAAGGCCGGACGAGGACGGCAUGUCGCAGGAGGCGUCGGUGACGAGGCUCGGGCACACGCUGCGGCACGUCCCGCCACCCCUGGUAUGGAUCGUGGUUGGUGCCGAGAACAGGUCGGCGUCGACGGUCCAGGUGCUGCGCAGCACCGGCGUCAUGUUCCGGCAUCUCACAUACGCCACCAAUAUCACCACGGCCGUGAACAAUGCCACCACCAACAGCACCAUGGAAGCCAGCGCCAACAACACAACCACCGCCGCCGAGAAGAACGGCACCAACAACACCAUCGUCGAGAACACCACCGUGGAAGGCAGCGCCAGCAACACCACCACCGCCGCCGAGAAGAACGGCACCAACAACACCAUUGUCGAGAACAACACCGGGAAUGCCAGUGACGAAGCGGACCUGCAGAAGAACGUGGCGCUGAGCCACAUCGAGCGGCACCGGCUGGCCGGGGUCGUCCACUUUGCUGCCGCCUCUGCCAUAUACGACCUCGAGUUCUUUGAAGAGCUCAGGCAGACUCGGGGCGUUGCAGCAUGGCCAACCGCAACUGUGUCAUCAGCAGACCAGACAGUAACACUACAAGGACCAACCUGCAACUCAUCACAGAUAACAGGCUGGUACUCCAAGGACUCGAGCACCAAUGCAACAGCAACACAUACAGCAGAUGCGGUUGCUGCACAAGAUACAGGCGCCAUCCGCAACAGCUCCAGUUUACCUCCUGAAAUAGGCAUAUCUGGACUUGGGUUCUGGAGCUCCAUACUGUGGGAAUCAGAAUGGUUCGCCGACAGCAACAGCUCUUCAGGAGGCGGCUCUCAGGACUACAUCCAGCUUGUACGACGAAUGGCGGUCGGCGACGAGGACGUGCGGAAGGGCAUCCCUUCUGACUGCUCCAAGUCACGGAUAAUGAUGUGGCACCUUGACAUGCCAAAGUACACUCCAGAAGUUAAAGAACAGGAGACUCCGCGGGAGCAAAGUCUAUUGGAGGAAGACGAAGAGGACUAUAUGACUUGA